AUGAAGAUCUACUCUCUGGCAUUUGGCCAUAAAAUGACCAGUGCUCUAAUGGGUGAUUCUAUUUCGAAGCAGCAGUUGAUAAGUUUUGUGGGAGCAUUUACAGUUGCCUUUACAACAGGAGCAACUCACAUAUACAGCAUAUAUGCUCCUCAGUUACUCGAGCAUUGCGGUAUUCCUAUGGAAUCGGCGAAGCACCUGACUCUAGCUGUCAAUGUCGGUUCUUUGGGGCUUGGCUUCAUAGGUGGGAUAAUUACAGAUCGCAAAGGACCUCAAUUUUCAUGUGGAUUAGGUGCGGUAGCCAAUUUCAUGGCUUAUAUCUGUAUGGGUUAUUGUUACAAAAAUCGUAUAAGCAGCGAUCUGCCACUGUGCGUGUGUUUUGCAGUCUUGUCAUUCGGAAAUCUGACAGCGUUCCUGGCGACUUUUAAGUGGUGUGCCCUUAAUAGUUCCAAUCACAAAGGGAUUGUGUUGGGGGGUAGCUCUGCUCUACAUGGGCUCGCUUCUAUGAUUUAUUCUAAUUUGAUUUACAGACUUUUCGGUAAUGACACUAGACGCAUAUUUCAGUUCAUGCCAAUCGCAUCUUCGGCUCUGACGAUUAUUGGUUGCUUUACGUUAAAGGAUCUCAAUAGAUCUGAUGAACAGAAGCAAACUGGUAAGGGAUCUCGUCUUAUUUUUCAAGAUGACGUCUUCCAAAGCACUGACGUUCAUCUAACUUCUCCAGAGCAGCCUGCAGCGCAGGCGAUGACUCGUGACUCUGAAGAGGCUGAUGAUUCUGAGACAUUAAAACAUGUAUCUUGUGAGAGAACAGCGUUGAUGUCAUCCGUUAAUAUUACAGGUGAGUCGUAUAAUAGUUACAGGCUUAAAACGUCAUGUUAUCAAAAUGAAGUGUCGGCGUCGUAUGAAGCAGAUCUUGAACAAGCGAUGUUGUCACCAAACAGUUCUGACAUUACAAAAGAUCCAGAAUCUGAGUUUGAAAAGGAGAAAGUGUGGAAAACCUUUGUUAGCUAUCACUUUAUUUCGAUGUUCAUAAUUAUUGGUACUAUUCAGGGGAUGGCGACGAUGUACACAUAUUGCAUAGGUUAUAUUGUUGACGUUUUUUUGGCAUCCAAUCCGGAUUUUAAGGUUAGCAGAAGAGAGAGUCAAUCUUUUCAAGUUUCAUUGAUAUCCGUUGCAUCAUGUGUGGCUAGGUUUACCACUGGUUUUGGCUCCGAUAUUCUCGUUAAUAAGUUCCAUGGACAAAGGGCGUGGUUAGUAUUUCUUACCUGUGGGUUCAUUUAUUUGGCGGCUAGCAGAGUAAUCGCUGACACAUAUGUUUUGACUGAUAUUUCUAGUCAAUUAACCACCUCGGAAAAAUAUAAGAACUUAUCUGCUGGAUCUGUUCUUUUUGGCCUUGGCUUUGGAGUUCUAUUCGGGGUAUUACCCUCGUUAGUGGUGGAAUUGUUUGGGGCUGGUAACUUCAGUAGCAUGUGGUCCAUUAUGCUUACAGGAUCUCUUUUAAGUGUAAAUUAUUUUACAGCAAUGUUUACUGACGAAGUGAGUUCUAAAACACCACCAGAUGCAAAAUACUGUACUAGUGGAACUCAAUGUUAUGCUCACACCUUUCAAUUAAUUAAAGUAUGUUCAUUACUUGUGUCACUCCUGGUUCCGUUGCUGAUCAUCAAACAGAAACGCCUUGCUUUACGGAUGCAGCAACAUGACUCUUAA